AUGGUGGGGGCAGUAGGAGACGCAAACCUGUUGCAUGUGUUAGGACGAUCACUUUUCGAAAUUGACUCACAACCCUGGGCUUCGAUCCUCAGAUGGCAGACCUCAUUCGGCAAAAGUGGCUUUACUGUUGUCCUCGUCGUGAUUACAACUUCAGGUCGCAUUGGAACGCCCCUCUUUUACGUCCCUGGCCCGCGGUGCCAUUUCGUCGAUGGGAUCACAGGCACCAUGGGCUGGUUAUUCAAAUGGAUGGUGCAAGGGGAUGGCCGACGACCUCGCCUGACCUCGAACGAACCCCACGAGAAAUCACCGUUGCUUGACCUUCGAGACAGUAGGGGGAAUCAAAGGGGUAAUGGCAAUUUUAGAAACAGGCCCAACGGCGGCAGAAGAGGUGAUAAAGCCAACGAGCAAGGUGGUGACGGGGGCGAUGGCGAUGGAGGCAAAAAUAACAACAAUGAUAAUGGAAACAAAGACACCACCUUCUUCGUUCACUACGACUGUAGUCUCUGUUCCGCCUCCAACAACAAUUACAAUAUCUUCAGCACUCACCUCCGUUGUCACAACGACAGAGAUUUCAACAACGACACCAAUACAAACGACAGGCAGUACUUCUCCCACAAGUUUUACUAUCUCCACUACAGCCCCCAUCCCAACGUCCUCCUCCUCGACCUCCAUGGUAGACUCCUCGUCCACACCCCAGAUACCAACGGUAACAACUUCAACUACCGCAUCGACUGCAACUUCUCAACCGAGCAGUACGGCAUUGCCCUUGCAGCUCUUUCUACGUUUGCUCUGAUCCUCGGGGGCCUCUACCUCUACUGGCGGCGCACACCACCAAAGGUUCGGAGCCGUUCGGUCUUUUCCACGGGGAGGCCCACUAGUAUGAGAUCGUCAACAUCCAACACGCAAGACUCCCUGACCCAAGGAGCCGCCGAUAUGGCCCAAACAGGGAGCGGCACCGCGCAAAGGAACGGAGGGGAGCCAGUCGACACUUCGUCAUGGCGGACCUGGCACCCCUGGCGUCCACGAUCGACACAGUCCGAUGUAGCAGCUGCGGUGGCAGAUCUCCUGGAGCCACCUGCUCCAGAAUUUCUGAAAGUCCCCCAGGAAGCGCGGACUACUCAGGCCACCUGGGAGACCAGCUCGGAACCUGAAUCAUCGGCAGCUGACCGAUUAUCCGCGCCCGGGCUGGCUACGUACCUGUCACCAGCACCCGGGCGUCCAAGGCGUAUACCAGAGGCCGCUGGUUCGGCACGUGUUUGA